AUGUCCGAGGCAAUCAACCAUCCACUCCAAAGAAGAAAUGCCUUUCGCAGGGUCCCCAAGAUACCUAGACAACACCUUUCGUCCGGCUUCGCCUACCUGCUCGAGUCGUUGCAAGUCAACCGCUUGAACCACCCCGUGCCACAAGGCACUACAACCUCCACCACGCCCUCGAAUGUCAGCACAUCCUCUCAAGCCGAGUCUUCCGGCCCAUCUGUGCCCUCCAUCCCCUCCGUUUCCUCCGACCCCUCCAGUUCCUCCACAGGGGUACACAUCCCCAGCGACGCUUCGGGUUCUCACGAUUCCCACCACGUUUCCACCACACCCAGGAGGUUUUCAUGGGUCACCGACGACUACGUCUCCGAUCUCGACUCCGACGAGGAAAACGACCCUAUCAUGGCCCCACGCCGCUCCGUCUCCCCUGACGUCUCCCCUGAGGGUUCCCUUUCUGACAGCGACAUGGACCAGAACCUCAACGUCCCCCCUAACUCUCCGUCAGACGACGACACGACAUGGGACAUGGACUACUACAGCACCUGCUGGCACUGCUCCGACUCUCACUACGGCAAGUGUGAGGCGCAAAAGGCUUAUGAGGAGCUGGCGAGGAAAUAUUGGGAGGGCAAUGGCAACGUUGAAGAACAGCUGAGGCAGACGGAUACCAGGGACUUUGCCGCUGAGGCCAUCGCCAACGGAAGGGCAGGUCAAGGUGCGGCUGCUUUGCGUGCUGGAGUGCGUAUCAGCAGGUUCAUAGAAGGGGAAGAGAGUGUGAUGGUUCCCGCUAAACCACUGCGUCCACUGGAGUCGCUGAAGAUUUGGAGGAAGAAGAAGAAGACGAGUAGCAAGUGGAAGGGUAAGGAGAAGGUGGAGGGGACUGGGAGGGACUUUCUGGAAGAGAGAUCCAACAUGAACGGUGAACUUUUUGGAAAUGCUCGGGGUUCAGGUGUUGCUGAUGGGAAGCCGAAGACGGAAAGCAAGAAGGGGAAAGGGAGGUUCGUGGAGAGGUUUAUUGGAGAGUUGGUGGCUAUUGCUGCAUCAUUUGGUUGUGGCUGUAUUGGCAAGCACUGGUAA